GUAAACCAAGAAUUUAGCAAUUACUAUAAUAUGAGUUUAAAGUUGUUGAUGGGUUUAAGAAGUUAAGAUGUUCAUAGCAGUUUCUGUCAAUGACGGAGAAUCCGGAUAAAGAGUAAGAGUGAAGUGGAAUCUAUACACAAGGUGAAGAAUGGAUGCUUCAACCUCAACAGUUUCAAAUUGUCAAUUCUGGAUGCGUGUUAUAAUCACAUUACAGAUAUGUAUAAAAGAAGCCCUGUUAUGUAUAUUGCACAAUUACCAUCAAGAUGGUUCGUACACCGGCGUUACAGACGACGAAGUUUUAUUGCAUGCUAAAAUGGUUCAAUUUAAGAAAAAGUUUUAUGAAAAAUUGAAAAAGAUUAUUCAUAAAGAACAGUGGGACAUUCUUUGUCCUGCAUCAGGAAAGUCAAACUCUCGUGAUUGGGAUAUAACACUUAUCGUACUUGUUAUACGGUAUGAGAAAAUUAUAUCGGCACCCUUGGGAGGAUGGGGUCAAAAAGUACCACAUAAAAAUGAUACAAGCCUUGCAGCGUUUUGUUUACUUGCUAAACAACUUCGAAAUGAGCUUCUCCACAGUAGUGUGAACGACAUUCAAAAUGAACAAGAUUUUUUAAAAUACUGGAAAAGAAUGGGACACAUACUCAAAGGGUUAGGUUAUAACAACAUGGGGCUUUUUAACGACUUAGAAACAGCUAGUUUGAAGAUGUAUACGUCACUAGGAGUGCAGUUUCUAGAAACCAAGAUGGCACAUUUACAGCAAAGCUUGAGUGAUGUUGAAAAUGAAAAGAUUGAUAAGAACACAAAAAGAAUUGAAUCACUCGAAGUUGCCAUAGCAACACAAAAGUCUCCGCUUGACAAAGUGAUGGCGGAUAUAGAGUCGUUGAAGAUGAUAAUCAAAGAAAUACAAAUUGAUGAACAAAAAAAAAAAAAUUCUCAUGAUUUUGUAGUAAUGGACGCGUUAGAGGUUAUAGCAGAAGAAAUUGACAAAGAAUGGGUCCAUCUAUCAGAAUUGUUAGAUAUACCGGAAGAAGAAAUCAAAAAGGUGCAAGUUCAGUUUGACGAAAAACAACAAAAGAAUGGAAGCUUGUUUUAA